AUGUCUAUUCGCGUACUCCUGCGCGAAUACCCUCACCGGUCCAUUGCUCUUGUGACGCCCUCCUACGCCCUCAUCUUCCGCCAUAGUCCGACAACAAAUGAUGCCAUUGCCAACGGGACCCUGCUUUCGGUACAAGGAACUGGUCGGACGUCGAUAGAUGGGCAAAAUGCUCCACGAUGCAUGGUCGAAUUCGCAGAUGUGUCUUCGGUGGAUUUGAGCGACUAUCGAACAUUAAGCCCGCUGCCCAUACAUGGAACGCUGGGAUUGAUCACAAUCAACAAUGAUGUAUUUCUGUGCGUGGUAACUGGUGCUACAAAGGUGGCAUCUGUCAGGCCGGGGGAAACAGUGGAAAAGAUAUUUGGGGUGGCGUUCUACUGUCUGAAUAAUGGCGAUUACGAUAAUACAUUUGGAGAACAUUUGGACCCGUAUGCUUCGGAGGGGCAGGAUUACGGCCAGAAUAUAAGUCGAAGAGAUCCUUUGGAGCAUCCAUGUGUGGAACUUCAGAAGCUGCUGGGAAAUGGAAGCUUCUAUUACAGCACGGACUUCGAUGUUACAAACAGGCUGCAGGAUAGAUCCACAGAUGCGGCUACCUUCGAUAUUGACAAUCUCGAUGACUCUUUUCUUUGGAACUCCUAUAUGAUCAGUCCUUUAGUUAAGUUUAGAUCACGGCUUCUACCACAAGAGAGGGAUGCAUUGGAUAGUUCACGGAUAUUGACAUCCGCAAUUCGUGGUUUCGUCCUGACAAUUACGAUACCUUCCUCGUCUGCACCUUUACGGACAACAAGGACUGGACUUCCAUCAUCGUUGACAUUGAUAUCACGGUUAUCGUGCCGAAGAGCCGGAACCAGGUUUAACAGUCGGGGGAUAGAUGAUGACGGAAAUGUUGCAAAUUUCGUGGAGUCUGAGACCAUAUACUGGAGUCCUUCUGUAGUUGGACAAUCAGAUCCUUCAACCUCAGAGAAGCCAUCUGGAAUUUGCUUCUCGUAUGCACAAAUCAGGGGUUCAGUGCCGGUCUUCUGGGAGCAGGCAGCAGGUCUUCUCCCAGGUCAGCAGAAGAUCACCGUCACUCGGUCACCUGAAGGUACCCAACCGGCAUUUGACAAACAUUUUGGAGAACUGGAACAGAAUUAUGGAUCAGUUCAUGUUGUAAAUCUGCUGAGCGAGACGAAACCAGGCGAGGCUGAAUUGACAAACCUCUACCGAUAUGGGGUGAGACACUCUGCCCUCAAUCAUACAGAAGGACAGAACUCGCACGACCAUCAGCUCUUACGAGAAACAGAAUUCGAUUUCCACGCCGAGACCAAAGGUCCCAAUGGAUAUGAGGCCGCAAGCAUGAUCCGGAGGUUGAUUGAGAAUUCUGCAGAUGGAUUUGCAUACUAUCUCUCAGAGGAGAUCGAUGAUUCUGCAGAAGACCCACAGGAAAAGUCCCCGCGAAGAAUCGUUGUUGUGUUACAGCAAGAAGGAGUCUUUCGCACCAACUGCCUUGACUGCCUGGACAGAACCAACUUAAUCCAAACAAUCAUUUCACAGAUGGCUAUGGAAUCAUUCCUUGCUCAUCGAGGCGAACGUGCGGCUUCAGAUUUCUGGGUGCGACACUCGAGUCUGUGGGCUGACAACGGCGAUGCACUUUCACGAAUUUAUGCCGGAACAGGAGCCCUCAAGUCUUCAUUUACGAGACAUGGCAAGAUGUCAAUAGCUGGCGCAAUUGCCGAUGCGAGGAAAAGUGCAACUAGAUUAUACAUCAACAAUUUUGCCGACAAAGGUCGACAAAACACAAUCGAUGUCUUGCUCGGGAGAAUGAUGGGGCAGACCCCGGUGCAUCUUUUUGAUCCUAUGAAUGACUAUGUGACUGCCGAGCUUUCCAAGAGAAGUUCCGAGUUUUCGUCUUCCGAGUCAAUCAACAUAUGGGCUGGAACUUUCAACUUGAAUGGCCGCACGACAGGUAUUGAGGAAGAUCUGUCAGAAUGGCUCUGUCCAAACCUCCCAGCAUCUCAACAGCACCCCGAGAUUGUAGCCGUAGGCUUCCAAGAAAUCGUCGAACUCAGUCCUCAGCAAAUAAUGAACAGUGAUCCAACGCGGAAACAGGCAUGGGAACGAGCAGUCCGUAAGACGUUAAAUCGACAUGCCCGUGCUGCUGGGAGUGAGCAUUAUGUGCUUCUCCGAAGUGGACAACUUGUUGGCGCUGCGCUUUGUAUAUUUGUCAAGUCGUCCGUUCUCCGUAACAUCAAGAAUGUUGAAGGCUCUUUCAAGAAAACUGGAAUGUCUGGUAUGGCGGGAAAUAAAGGAGCAGUAGCCAUUAGGAUGGACUAUGCGAACACUCAAAUCUGUUUUGUGACGGCACAUCUGGCUGCUGGCUUUGCCAACUACGAAGAAAGAAACAGAGACUACAACACGAUUCAUCAUGGUUUGAGAUUUCAGCGAAAUCGAGGAAUCGAUAAUCAUGAUAGUGUCAUUUGGAUCGGCGAUUUCAACUACAGAAUUGGCCUUGGGGCAGACAAGGUCAAGCAGCUCAUUAAAGCUGGUGACCUAGAGACGCUAUAUGAGAAUGAUCAGUUAAAUCUUCAGAUGGUGGCAGGACUCACGUUCCCAUACUACUCUGAGGCUAGGAUCACUUUCAACCCUACCUACAAAUAUGAUCUUGGAAAUGACACUUACGACACUUCCGAGAAAGCGAGAAUCCCUGCAUGGACGGAUCGUAUCCUUAGGAAGGGUACCAAUCUUCGACAGAUCAACUACAACACAGCUUCGCUUCGCUUCUCUGAUCAUCGGCCAGUCUAUGCGACCUUCCAAUGUACGGUAAGCAUAGUUGAUGAAGCUCGUCGGGAAGCCCUUAGUCGAGAAAUAUACGAGAAACGCCGUUACGAAGUCGGUGGAAACACAGCAAGCAACCCGAAUGAUGAGUCCGAUGACGAAGACCUCAUCGGGUAUGACUCUAUCGAACCCGGAUUACCACCAGCCAGUUCUGAUUCGCGGAAAUGGUGGCUAGAUAAUGGUCAGCCAGCACGCUCCAAUGUCCAACCCCAGCAGAAAGGACAAACUCUAAAUCCAAACCGUCCAUCCAAUCCUUAUACACCGACUGAUGAACCCGAUUGGGUCACGGUACCUCGGAUGGAGCAAGGUCGACGACAGACUACUUCAUCCAAUACUCCCCCUCCUCCCAAUCCACGACCUUCAACUUCAAACAAUACGAACGGUACCCGAAAGUUACCACCGCCAUUCAAUCCAUCUUCAUCUGUGUCCAGUGUCACGAGAAGCCUGGCACAAAACUCUAUUUCUGACGAUGUACCAAAACCGCUACCAAGGAUGCAAAGUCAGCAAGCACUCUCAGAUCGUCGACUAUCAACAUCUACCGUGAGCUCUUCAGGAAAGAAAGCGCCACCGCCUGUCGCUCGCAAACCAGUUCACCUCUCAGCAUCGCCAUCACUGACAUCGUCCCCCACACUAUCCACCGUAUCCGUAGCAUCACAAUCACGACCAACCUACCCUGUACCAAAACCACGUCAAACAACAGCAGAUCACACUGGCUUUGCACCACCUCCACGACGCAAUACCGGCGGCAUUGGCUCAACGGUUGGGGCUAGCUAUGGGAGAAGAGAUAUCGAGGAUAGGAGAGAAGUGAUGAGAGAUACUGCGACCCCGCCGCCUCCUCCACAGCCGAGGAGAGGAGCGAGGAAGACUCCUGUGAAUGGAAAUAGUGACGAUGAAGGAGCGAGGCCAUCGCUUCCGCCUAGAAGGCCGACGGAUCUUUUGGCAAACGAUGAACCCAUGAGCAGUAUGCAAGGCUGGGAGGCUCUGAAGCCUAAUUGA